AUGGAAAAGCUGGAGCUCUUGCAGGAGCAACUGCAACUCUUUGAGCCUGAGGCGUUGGAGCUUGAGCUUGAGCGCGGCAGAGCUGAAGCACACCAGCUCCGAAGACAGCUGGCAGAAGCGAAGACGACAGUGACUGAAGCGCAGACCAAGGCGACUGAAGUGCAGAUGAAUGAGGCACAGCUUGCGAAAGACUCCCAGAGUCAACAUGCGUCUGCCGACCUUGAUGCCAAGUUGGCCGCCCUGGAAAAGCAGCACGAUGACUUCCAGCGCUCAGCUGCUGAGAGGGCUCAAAAGUUGGAGAUGCAGCGCCAAGAGCUUCAGAAGGACCUGGAGCUUGAGCGUGAGCAGCGUGACCGGGCCCGAGCGGAAGCACAUGAGCUGCGAACACAGCUGGCAGAAGCUCGCGCAGAGUUGGAGACGGGCACGCCGGGCACUCGCGGCCAGUUGGCGAUGCUGCAGAAGGAGCGAGAGGAGAUGGAGCGAGAAGCUUUUGCCAAAGAUCAAGAAAUCCAAAGGCAGUCAGCGAAGCUGGAGGAGCUCUCCCAGGCUUUGAAGAGGGAGUCUGAAAAGCUGGCACUGAAGGAACAGCAGAUCAAGGAUUCGGAGAUGCGCCUUCUGCAGGAGCUUGAGCAGGAGCGUGGACGUGGCAGAGCUGCACACAAGUUGCCACUGGCCGAGGACGCCACAGCGCCAGACACACCAAAGGCGUCAAAGGCGUCAAAGGCGAGAGCGGAGAAGGUUCAGGAGCAGCUUCAACCUGAGGCGGAACGCUGCGGGAAGCGGUUGCCGCAGCACCCGGGUGAGGUGGCCACUGUCGCGCAAGUUCAUGGGCUCAUGGCACAAGUCGAGCGCCUGAAUGCCACAGUCGAGCACCUGGCGGCGAAGCGGGAGCCGCAACUGGUUGACCCUGAGGCUGGCCCCUCCACAAGGAGAUGCCAAGCACGCGCAGCACGCGCGGCACGCAGCCCAUUCUGCUUCGACGAAAGCAGCAUACUGCCAGAUGCAACAGAUGCGCCGAGCCCAUCGGGCCGUUUAUCAGACCCGUUUGUACCGAACGUUCCUUCUGACCCAAGAGCUGCAAGCGAGACGCUUCUGCCAGAUCUUGAAGCCACGGAUGCCACAAUUGAGCCUCCACGGGUGCACGCUGAGCCGGGCCGGCGCCGCCUUUCAGGUCCUCACAUCGGCCGGACCGAUGAAGACGACUGGGGUCCGUUUCUCUCGACCUCCGUGACGUUCGACCGUGGAGGACGAGGAGACAAGGAAACGGGGCUGUGGUGA